CCAGUUGUGACUUCCUGUUAUUAGAAAAUGACAUGCUAGUACAGUAGUUCUGGUAGUACAGAUCAGAGACGGAGAGCGGCUGUACCCGGGUAAGAUCUGGAAUUGGCUGUACAUGACUCCUGGUGCUGUAUGAAGAGCCCGCCGAGGAAUCAAGAUGACAUCUAUAAAGCAGAAGACCUCCCGAAGCAAAGACGAUGCUCCACAUGAACUAGAAAGUCAGUUUAUCCUGAGACUUCCCCAGGAGUAUGCAUCCACAGUUCGAAGAAUGGUCCAGUCUGGGAGCGUCAACGCAAAAGACAGGCUUUCCAUUGAAUUGCAUCCGGACGGGCGCCAUGGGAUUGUGCGCGUUGACAGGGUUCCACUUGCGGCAAAGCUAGUUGAUGUUCCAUGUGUACUGGAAUGCAUGAAAACCAUUGACAAGAAGACUUUUUACAAGACUGCUGAUAUCUGCCAGAUGAUGGUUUGCACUUUGGAUGGGGACCUUUAUCCUCCACUUGAGGAACCAAGUGGAGUAAGUGAUCCAAAGGCCAACAAGAAAAAAGACAGGGACAGAGAGAAGAAAUUUAUUUGGAAUCAUGGCAUAACUUUACCUCUGAAGAAUGUGCGUAAGAGGCGCUUCAGGAAAACUGCAAAGAAAAAGUACAUAGAGUCCCCGGAUGUGGAGAAAGAGGUGAAGCGGCUUCUAAGUACAGAUGCUGAGGCAGUCAGUGUGCGCUGGGAGGUGAUUGCUGAAGAUGAAUCUAAAGAAGCUGAAAAUCUGACUAUGUUGGAUGGCUCUCCAGGAAUGUCCGGGAUGAAACAGGGACACGGGUCUUCAAUGGAAAGGGACGAAUUACGUGAGAUCUUCAAUGACAUAAGCAGCAGUAGUGACGGAGAGGAGGAGGAUAGAGAGCGGCAGGAAGAGGAGGACUUGAACAUUAUGGAAACUGAAGAAGGCCAGAGAGGCCAGAAUGGCCAAGAUGGGGGCACCAACCAGAUAGUACUCGAGCUGCAGAAACAAGUAGAAAAUUUACAAAAGAAACUGCGAGAGACUCAGGAGAGAAGAAAACGUCAGGAAGAACUUAUUAUGAAGGUGGAAAAUGUGGCUCUUAAGACACGUCUACAAGCUGUGCUGGAUGAGUUCAGACAGCAGGAAGACUGUGAGAAGCAACAGGUGACCUCCUUGCAGGAGCAACUUGAGGCCCUAAUAGAGAAGUGAGGCACCAAGUACCAGUACUGCACAUACACUUAGGGGUAUAUUUACUAAAGUGCGUUCUUUUCUUCUUCUUUUUUUAGAAAGGUAUAUGUUGCCCAUAGCAACCAAUCAGAUUCUAACUAUUAUUUAUCCAGGACCUUCUGGAAGACAAGUAGAAUCUGAUUGGUUGUCAUGGGCAACAUCUCCACUUCUUAAAAUCUGCAGUAUAGUAAAUAUAUACCCUUUACUAUCUGUGCCUCACGCAACACUGCAAAUACCCAAUUGGCACAACGGAUUCCAUAAGGAUAUAUCAUUGUAAGAUGUUUGAUAUAUACGAUUCUUUUCAGUAUAAGAACUUUGGUCUUUGUUGCAACUCCCAAUAGAGAUUACAUGCACUGGUUUCUCCCACGCCAGCUGACUGUGAGCACAAUGACCAGCCAGUGAUGAACCGCAGUAACUGCAGAGUUUGCCCUUAUGCGUGGGGCAUCGUUGUUUACUUAAUGUUGAGGAAAUGUGUUUUGCUUUUCUUUGUUUUUUACCCUUUUAUGAAGACUUGUGAAUAAAGCCAGAAACUGAAGAAA